GCGAAAUAAGUCAUCGAUUCCGACAAGAAUUAGUAAAUCAUUCAAAUGAUCAUUUGUCUCUAGUAACUCGUGCUUUGUCUCAAGCAAAUAGUGGGUUGGAUAAAGUUGAGAAAAUCGUUGAGGAUGCACGCGAUAAUAUAAAAGCGAUUGAACGAGAUUUAAAGUCUAUGAAAGAUCUUGUAUUUAAACUAGAUCCAGGUUUCGUACCAGUUGUUAAAAAUGUUAGCUAG